AUGGCCGAUGAAGACGUCGGCCGGCAAAUUGUCGAAUCGCUCGCUAAGUCCGUGAAUGAAGUACAGCCGAGGAAGGAGAUCGAUCUGCUCGUUGUUUAUUUGUACGUUUUUGAAAAAGGGGUUUUUUUCAAAUACUUUGCCUCCGAAGCUCAAUUUCGAUGUAUUUUUUGAUUCGGCUUAAAAUUUUUUUUUAAUUUUAGGAACCUUUCAAAUUUGUGUGAAACUUCUAAAGAAAAAUGAUCAAUAUCAACCAAAAAACGCAAAAAAAAGCUUUUCUCUGCGUUUCUUUCAAUUUCUUCUUCAAGUUUAUAUUGUAUCUCUCGAACGUUUAUAUUUCCAUGAUUUUACAGAGAGGAAAAUGCUGAAACGCCGAGCGGAGAUCUGGCAGCGAAAAUAUGCAAAAACCUGAUCCACAAUAGAAUUUGCAGUCGGUGAGGCUCUUUUAGUAUGUUUUUCUUGUUAUUUUUCUUUUCUUAGUCAAUUCCUGAGCACAAGGCCAGCACGAAAAUGGAUUUCUCUGCUUUUUGCGGCUUGGAAGAGCCAUUUUUUUCGGGACAAAAAUAACUGUCAAACGUUUCACGACUCUAAUCUUCAGGCCGUUUAUGUUCAGGUGAACGAAAAAAAUGAUAAAAAAAUUCAUAUUUAUUGGGUGGAUUUUUUUCAGCACAUCAAAUUGUAUAUUAUUAUCGACUGGAAUUAUUUUUCAGAUUUUUCUGUUUCAGGCUUGAAAUUUUUUUGUUUGAAAAAAAGAAAAAAAUAUAUAUAAUAUUUUUGAGAAAGUUUUUUUACUGGCCGCUUUAGGGUUUUGAAGUUCUAGUGGCCACUAUAGUAGUCGAAGUGUUUGCUAAAAUUUUUUGGCUUAUUUAGGAUUUCAGAGUACUGAUAACUACUAUAGUGGUCACUAAGACGCGAAAUAGUGACUUCUAUAAAGACGGUUAUAGUGGUCACUCUAGUGUCCUUUCCAAGUGGUUCUUGAGGAACCUUUUAAGUGGCCACUGAAGGUUUUUCGAGAAAAAUCGAGGAUUUUCCAGUUAACCACCUUCAUCGCCACGCGUUUUCUGGCCAAUGAACUUGAUUGGAGCUCCGUAACGGCACAACUAUUGUGUUAGUCUCUUUAUAAGGUUCUAUUUCGAAUAUUAUUUCCAGACGUGACCCAAAAAUUGAUCGACAGCCGAGAAAACGCCGAAACUUUCGUCGAAAACUCGAUGCAUCAUGCGUUGCUUCCGCUGCUAGGGACUUGCCAAAUGGCCGUUUUGCAGCUUUCUUUGGAGGUUUUCGACGUUGUGAAGUCCUAUUUCUUCAGAAAUAAGAAAUGAUUGUAGUUUUUUCAUCUCUUAAAUUUCAAGUAAAAUGAUAAUCAAAGUAAUUUCCGCAAUACUGGAAAUUAUCUCUGAAACUCCAAAAAGUAGUUAUUUUCUUCACUCUCUGACGGUCAUUUUGAAUUUCACGGAAUCAUUUUGGAAACAAUCAAAAAUAGAGUGAAGUAGUUUGAAAACGCUCUGUGGAUGGCUGGCUCUCUGAUUGGCCUAUCGCGUCAGUAGGGGCGGAGCUUGAGCCGCGGCUUGACAUUCAGAAUCUGAACAGAAGUAAUGAGGAUUAGACUUUGAAAAAAAAUAGAUUUUUAAAAACGGAUUUUGAGCAUUGAGUUAGGAAUAAUUUUAUUUUUUUAAGAGUGACCUCAUAGUGGAUAUAUAUGUGUAAGUCCUUCUUCAAAAAAAUACAUUGAAAAUAUAAUUUUUCUCCACUAUUUUACGGGCUUGGAAUAUUUUAUAUCGAUCUUGUUACUGUAGCUGAUUUUUUCCAUUUUCAAAAUUUUAUGCAGUUUUUUUUAUUCCUCCACUCGGUUAUAGUCUGUUCAGAUUUUGAAUGUCAAGUCGUCGCUCAAGCUCCGCCCCUAAUGGUGCGAUAAACCAGUCAGAGAGCGAGCCAUCCACAGAGCGUUUUCGAAUGACGUCAUUGUACUUGACAUUCAAAAUCUGAACAGACUAUAUUCAUUCCGGGUUCUUCGUGUGGUUCAAAAGUCUUAAAUGAAAAAAAGUGGCUCAAAAAUAUUUUCAAAUGAGAUUUGCAGCUGAAAAUGGUUUUUGAUCUAGAGCAUAAGAACGGCAUUUUCACUUCAAACAAUUCAUUUUCAUUUUUUGAACUCUCAUCUUGAAAAAAAAAGCCAAGUCUGAUCAUGUUCGGGUCGAAUUCAUCUUUUUUUUCAAAGCUCAGGGGGUUUUUUUUUUGAAUUUUCUGGAACUGAAACAUUGGUUAUAACAAUCCUAAAACUGGAAAAUGUUGGUUCUAAAAAUCCCUUUCUUUGUUGGAAAAGCGGGAUUGAGCGAAAAACAGGCUUCAGAUUUUUUUAAUACCUCUUUUCACUUUUUCGGCGCUAAUUUUGAGGUGGUAUGAAAAAAACACCAGCGAAAAUUCAAACGGCGACUUUUCCGAAUUUUUCAUAUCACUAGGAAACUUUCCGACGGACACCUUUCCGACGAAACUUUUUCCGACUUUUUUUCUCGAUAAAAUCUUCGUUUUAAAUCUUCCUGUAUAAUGUAGGUAGUUGGUUCAUGAUUAAAACACAAAGAAAUGGGAAAAAAAUAUUUUUUUAGAUGUUUUGCAAACUGAAAACUAUAAGGGAAAAAAGUCGGAAAAGUUUCGUCGGAAAGGUGGCCGUCGGAAAGUUCCCUAGCGAAAUGAAAAAAUCGGAAAAGUCGCCUUUUGAAUUUUCGCUGGUGUUUUUUUCAUACCACCAAUUUUGACCCACCGUGUACCAAAUUUCAUGAUAAUUCUGGUUUUCUGCGUUAAAAUUCAACCAUCAUCAUUUUCUAAAUGUAAUCAGAGUUUUCCUUCCUUAAGAUCCUGGGCCGUUUGAGCGACUGGUCCCCUUCCUGUCGUCUCGAUCUUUGUGACACAAAUACCAUCGACUUAUGCUUGCAAUUGGCUUCGGAUGGAGAUUUGCUCACCCAGAAGUCGGUUCUUGUUCAUUUUUAGAAUCACCUUGAAUUUAAGGUUGUGCGCAAGUCUUCUGCGGAUACUGGCCUGUGAGCCACAAGCACGCGAACAAAUCCGAAUUUACGACGGUGUCCCGACUUUGCUUGGGUUUUUUUAUCCGCUUUUAAUCUCUUCAUUAAAAAAAAUUUCAUCAUAAUUUAUGUUAUCAAACUAAGCGUAGAAUUCGAUCAAAAUUUUCGAUUCUAGAAGGAAAUUUUAAAAAAAGCAAAAGACACUUUUUAGUGGCUGGUCUAGCUGAAGAUCUUAAAAAUUCCAGAGUGAUCUCUAUAGGGGUCUUUAAAGUUUUUCCCUCUAGGGACCACUUCACUUUCGCCUAUAGUGAUCAUUGAAGCUUGCAAAAGUGGCUCCUAUAAAAGGUAGUUAUGUCACUUGAACCUGUGUGAAAUUCCAAAAUCCGAAAAGGGUAAAUUGAUGAGUUUAGGAAAUUUGAAACAUUUUCCAGGAUUUUUGUACCUUUUUACAUUUUAAUUGAUUUUAGUCUUAAAGGAGUUUUAGAAGCAAAAGUCACUUUUAAGUGGUUUGUCUAACUGAAGAUCUUAGGCGCUCUAGAGUGAUCCCUAUAGGGGCCUCGAAUUUUUCCCUCUAGGGACAUUUUUGACACCCUAUCCCCCCUAUAGGAACCACUUAAGCUUGCAAAAGUGGCUCCUAUAAAGAAUAUUUCCCUUCAACCUGUGAAAAUCCAAAAAAAUCAAAAUCAGUUAAUUGCCCCUUGUUAUAGAAAUUUGACGAUUUUUCCAGGAUUUUUGUACCUUUUGUGAAUUUUAACUGAACUUUGGGAUGAUGGAUGCUCAGAAAAUAUCAAAAAAGAACGAAUUUUAGACUUCUAUCGGUGAAAAACUUACGGUUGCAAUGGCACAUCGCCUGGACCCUCGCCCAGUUGGCCGAAUUCGUUGAAACCGCCAUCGAGGUUUUUUUUAUUUAUAAGGGAGUUUUUUCUAGGCCACGGUUGAUUUUUUGAUAAACUUUGCCUGAAGUGUAUCAUUUCUUUAAACUUCUCGGACCUUGGUAACGCGAACGGGACGCGAAUCGGACGUGUCGGGGCAUUUCUAGUGACCACUUUAGUAGCCUCAGCACUCUUAAGUGAUCCCUAGAAUCGCCCAGAAACGUCCGGAGCACGUCCGUUUCGCGUUACCAAUGUCCGAGUUAAAAUGACAUGAAGAAUGAUGUCAUUCGAGAGCGCUGUGUAUGGCUCGCUCUCUGAUUGGUUUAUCGCGUCAUUAGGGGCGGAGCUUGAGUUUGACAUUCAAAGUCUGAACAGAUUUUAUUUUAGGACCUACUACUUGGAAAAAAUGUACUGUUUGAGGAAUUUAAAGCUUCAUUUAAAAAAAUCUACUCCUUUUUUCUGAAAUUAGGAGAUCCUAAAAGCCAAAGUAUUUUUCAGCAAAGUUUCAUCGAAAUUUCAGCCGGGAUCAGAAAAAUUCGCCUGUGAGGAUUAAAAGGUUAAUUUUUCCAGAUAGCCCAACGGGGUGGAGUCGGCCUCGUUUUUGCAGAAUUGACAAAUUUGAAACUUCCGGACCGAUCCAUCAACGACUGGAUUGCUAUGCAUAUUGGUGCGUACAUUGAGGAAAGAAUAAAGGAACAAAAAAAAAAGGAUCUUGAACCGAUUUUUGGGCUUUUUUUUUUUGAAAGUGGCUAUAGCUGAUUAACGGCCAGCUUGGGACAUUGAGGGGGCGUGUCCUGUCUGCGCUCUCCACGAGCCAGGCGCUAUCUCGUGCAUUAUCUUGUCAGGACCCGUUUUUCAAUGGCUCAAGCCAGCCGUGAAUGAACUUUUGCCUUGAAUUUUGAGCUUUCGAACUUUUAAUUUGAUUUUUAACCGUUGAAAAAUUAAAAACCUUCGAAUUUAAAACAUUUCUGAGUAAUUUUCUAGGAAACAUCUUUUCUUCAAAAAGCUGUUCUGGCCGAAUUAUCACAAGCUACCAGAAAUCGAAUAUUGAAAAAGUUUUAUUUUAGGGUUACGGAAUGAGGAAUAAUCGUACAUCUUUGUAAAGAACUUCGAAUUUUGAGAUUUUUCCGUGUGACGUAUUAAAAAAAUUCCUUUUUCAGAGCCUUUGUGGCUCAAUUAUCACAGUAAACAACAGUCGCUUAUCAAUGAUUUAUUUAGAAAAAAAUUUAUUUCAAGGUUAAAAAAUUAAGAAUGAUGAUUGAUGCUUCAUAGGAGCUAAACUUUGUACAGAAUUGAAUUUUGUGAUUUUCUAGUAAAAUUCAUUUUUUUUUUUCCAGGAUUAACGGCCCUUCUGGUCCAAUUAUAACAGUGCUCAUCUUUUUGAAUUGAAAUAAAAUAAAUUUCAAUUUUUCAAAUCACGGUUACAAAAUUAAGAAUGAUGAAUAAAUGGUUCAUAGAAUCGAAAAUUUUCGAAUUCUUAGUUUUCUCAGCGAUUUAUUUGAAAAUCUAUUUUUUUCAGAGCGUUUUUGGCUCAAUUAUCACAGUAUAAAACAGUCGAUCAUCAAUAGAACAUUCAGAAAAAAAAAAAUUUAUUUCAAGGUUACAAAAUUAAGAAUAGUAAAUAAUCGUUCAUAAGAGUGAAAUCUUUAACAGAAUUUCGAAUUUAAAGAUUUUUUUGUGGGUGAUUCAUCAGAAAAUUACUUUUUUUCAGGGUCCCACUGGACCAAUCAUUAUACUGAUUAGCCGUUGAGUAUCAUUAGAAAUUUUUUUAAUUUUUCAAGAUUAAAACAUUAAGAAUGGUGAAUAAUAAUAUAUCUUUGUACAAAAAAAUUUGAAGUUAGAUUUUUAUGUAUGAUUUUUAUAGGGAGACAUUUUUUUCAGAGCUUUUUUUGGCUCAAAUAUUGAAGUGAUCUGCAGUUGAAUAUCUAUAUAACUUUUAGAAAACAUUUUUAUUUCGAGGGUAAAAAAAUUAAGAAUAGUUAAUAAUCGUUCAUAGGAGUGAAAUCAGAAUCCGAAUUUUUAUUUUUCUAGGAAAAUUCUUUUUAGGAUUAACAGCCCUUCUGGCCCAAUUAUCACAAACCACCAGUAAUCAGCAGUUGAUCAUCAACAGUAAUGGAAUUUUCCUCCUUGGAAAACUUCUGACCGUCCGAAGAUUUGCGGAUCGGCCUGAAACUCGGGAAACUUGGCGUCAUUUGCAGGUUUAAAUGAAAAAUUAGGGGUUUUUACCUAGCCUUUCCGUGAAAAAGAAAACAGUCCCUAUAGUGCUCCCUAGAGGGCUAAAAUUUAAGUGGUUCCUCAUAGGGUAGCUCCUUGAGCUUAAGAGGCCCCUAUAGGGUUCUAUCAUUUUUUUUUGUUCUGAAUCCCCUAGAGCCGCUACUUCUGCAACAUUUAGUGUACCCUAUAGGGGAAGGUAAGGUGCUCCCUUGAGGACAAUAAGCUUGCCCCUAUAGGGACCAUUCUGGCGUUUCUAAGGAAGGCUAGGUUGAAGCUCAUAUAAGGAUAAAUUCAAUAUUAUUCUUUAAGCUGUCAAUAUUCCGAGUUCUCCGCUUCCUCUUUGCGUUCGAAAGGUCCCGGGCGAUGUUCAAGAAAGUUUUCCCAACUCAUAUCCUUGAACGAUUUGUCGACAUUGCCAAUUAUGAGCACGAACUUGGAGCCUAUGAAGAUCUGGGAGCUGAAUAUGCCGACUUUUUGGUAAAUCUUGGGUCUUUCAAAAAUUUGUAAAAAUGAGAAAUUUCACAUUGUAACGACUUCAAAUAACUUUUAUUUAGGGCUAAAAAUUCUAAUUUUCCGAGCAAUAAUUCAGUUUUACAUAGAAAUCGGGUCGAAGGGUUUUCUCCUUUCUUUAAUUUUCAACCAAGGCUUUCAUGGCUCAAAAAAAAACUUAAAAAUCAACCAGACCUCUCCAAAAAAGCUUUUCUCGUCGAAACCUUUUGCUCAAUCGUCCCCAUGCUCCUUUAAAAAUAAACAUGAAACUCUGCAGGACUCUUUGACCGAAGACGAGGCGGCUAAACAGUUCGACGCGGUCAAUUUGAGAAGAGCCGCUCUCGGGGAAGUCGGCGAGUAUGAGCUGUUGGAGCAACUUGGAGCUGGAGCAUUCGGAUGUGUGUACACCGUCAGGAAGAAGGAUAACACGGAGAACGCCUCGCAGAGAUUGUUCGCCUUGAAGGAGGUAGUUAUGGCCCAUUCAGGGCUGGCUUGGGACAAAAGCGGGCGAUUCCGAAAGUUGAUGCAAAAGAAAAAAAAAGCUUUUAAAGUGUGCUCUUAUUAAAGGCGCAUGGAAACUAAUUAGGAACGCCAGAGAAGUCUCUACAGGGGUUAGAGGAAAAAACAGCCCCUGAGACGAAAAGGUGCUCUCUAUAAGGGUAGAAAUUAAGAAGUCCCUAUAGGGCCUUCAAACUUUUGUAAAGAUUUCAAAACUGAAUAGACAGUUCAUCAAUUUUCAUAGCAAUAACGGACUAGCAUGCUCUCCUAGAGUGUCCCCUAUAGGGGCAGGUAAAGCGGUCCCUGUAGGGGAACCUACAAAGCCCCAACGUUGCCCCUAAAGUGGCUACUCUGACGUUCCUAAGUACCCUCGGAGCGCAGGAAACCAAGUAUCAAUCAAUAUUUAAUGCAGAUUGUAGAACCUUCACAGUACAUGAUAUCAUGGGUUACUGUAGAGUUUUCUUGAGUUACGGUACUUUUUGUGUGCUGGCUAGUCGGUCCUUGAAAGAUCUCAUUUGCUAGGGAAUGAAGAUAUUCAUUCAGAUCUUCAUGACGUCCCUGGCGCCAGGAGAAACGGACAAAAGUUUCGGGGACAUGAUCAACGAGGUGAAGAUCAUCAAGCAGCAACUCCGGCAUCCAAAUAUCGUCCGUUAUCGUCGGAUUUUCGUCGAAAAUCAUCGUCUUUACAUUGUGAUGGACCUUGUGCAAGGCGCCUCCCUUCGAGAGCAUAUCGUCACGAUGAAAGAACGGAAAAAGCUCUUCAGGGAGGACUGGGUCUGGCACGUCGUCGUCCAGGUAUGCUCGCUAGAAUGGCUCAACGCGUUGCGGUUGCGUCGCGGUUACAAUUAGAAGGUUGAAAUCCUAGCCACAACUUAGGUUUGGCUAAAUUUGAGCGCUUUUGGUUUUUUUUUUGCAUUGACAGAAUAUCAUGAAAGUUUUUCAAAUGAGACUAAAGGAAAAACUAUUGAAAACUAUUUUAAAUUCAAUGGACAAUGUUUCUAGUGUCUUUAAGCUUCUGAAAAGUCAGUGUAAUUUCUUCCACUGAGUUGUUUUCCAAAAAAUAAAAAUUCGAAUUUAUUUUCUUGUUCCGCCAUUUGCUGUUUUUGAAGUUGGAGAAGGAAUUAAAUCAACCAGUUCAGCUUUGAAAAAAAAAAAGAGUACUGGGAAAAUUUUUAGUGGCCAGUAUAGAGGCUCGCCAAGGACUACCUGGAGAGGACACUAAAGUGGGCACUUAACCUACCUCUAUAGUGGCCACUAUUUUCCGUUCUAGUGGUCACUAUAGAGGUUCUCUAUUUAGUGGUCACUUCAGUAGUUUUUCAUCCAGUAUUCCUUCCAGUAAUUCUGAUAAUUUUAAAACAAACAGAUUGGACCAGUUAUGUUCAUCCACCGACCCCUAAAGUGGCCACUAAAAUUUUUAAUGGUCUAGUAGUAGCACUUAGACUUCUAUAGCGGCCACUAAUUUUUAACCCCUUAAGUGGUCACUAAUUUAACUGCUAUAGUGGCCACUAAAACGUCAAAACCCUAUAGGGGCCACUAGAAAAUUCCCAGUAUCUUGAUAAUAAAUUCUACUUUUUUCUUCAGCUGGUUCUGGCUCUUCGCUACCUCCACAAAGAGAAAAAGAUUGUCCACCGCGAUUUGAAACCCAACAAUAUUAUGGUCGGAGAGAACGACCGCGUCGUUGUCAGUUCGUUUUUUGCGCUUUUCAAAAAAAUAAAAAAAUGCUCCAUUCAGCGGACUUUGGAUUGGCCAAGCAAAAAGGAGCCGAUUAUCUCAAGUCAGCGGCUGGGACGAUUAUUUAUAGUUGGUAGGGUCUCCGAAAUUACGGAGUGAAAUUUGGUUUUUCAGCCCAGAGAUCGUACAGAACCUACCGUACAACGAGAAGGCUGAUAUUUGGUCUUUUGGUGGGUUUAUAAGGGAAAUAAUUUGAUUAUUUUAAUCACGAAUUCCUGGCGUUUUUGGUCAAAUUUCAACACAAAUGCGCCUUUUAUCAGUCCCGAGAAUCAACAGGAAAAAAAGAAACUUCUGAUUUUCGAAUUUUUGAGUUGACAGAUCUCCGAGAGAUUUUUUUCGACUGAAAUUCAGAACAUUUUUCUUGUCGAAGUACUCUGGAGAAACUACUGAAGAAGGGAAAUUUAGACGGAUUUUAACGGAAAAUUCAGCCUCCUCAGGCACUCAAAGUUCUCUCCCGCGGUAGAAGUUCGGAAUCCCGAAGGAAAAAAUUGGUUUUGAAAAAAGGCCCCCCUCUCAUAAAAAUGCCAAAACCCACUCUAAUUUUUAACGUGGUUUCACCGAAUUUAUCUCUCGGAAAAUUUUGAGUGCUGGAGUCUCUAAGUGAUCACUGAAGAGAGAAAAUUCUCCCGACUUGCUCCGGACAUUUCUGAGCGAUUCUAGGGAUCACUUAAAAGUGCUGAGGGCUACUAAAUUGGUCACUAGAAAUGUCCGAUUCGCGGUUACCAAGGUCCGAGACGGUUUAGACUUCUCGAUCACUUGGAGGUAAGCCAUUUUCGGGUUUUCACUCUGCUAGGUUUGAAUUUAUAUACAGCUUCUUCUGAAAAGACAAGAAAAGGCGAUCUUAUGGAGUUUAUACUUUCUGGAACGUUCUGGAGCUCUUAUGGCUGUUUUUUUUUGUAGAAAUCUGGUAGAAUUUGAGCUUGCAGAAGAAAAAAAGAACAGUUUUGUAGAGCUUCAAAAAAAUUGAACUCCAUGCGAGGAAGUGGAGAGCAGAAAACAUGUUUUGUGAUUAUACAGACAAAAAAACCAGAAAUCUGAAAAUGAAGAUUUUUAUAGGCUGCUGCGUCUAUGAGAUCUGCCAGUUGCAAGCGGCGUUCAGCUCGACGAACAUGCUGGCCUUGGCGACGCAAAUCGUCGAGGCCAAGUUCGAACCGAUGGCGGAAGUCUGGUCGAGGUUUUGAUGAGCCUGAACUUGUUUGAGCGACAGAGUAUUUCGAUAAAAAGCCUUCUUAAUACAAUCGUUCCACGAUUUUCGCUGCCCAUGUUGUUUCUGGAGUCUACGUUCGAAUCUUAGAAAGUUAGAGAGCAGGUAAAACAAGAGAGAGUUCAGAGAAAAAAAGACGACUGGCCUCUCAUUUUUGAACACUCUCUAGCUUCCCACGAUUGCCCGGCAUUCCUAAUGGGGUGAGGGAAGGUGAGCGAGGCGUCAAAGUUUCUGAAUUUAGAAAAAAAAAAAGUAAGUGCGCGCUUCGGAUAAAAUGACGUCAUAAUUACACGCUAACUUUUGAUUCCGACUUAGACCCUUUUUCUGCUGUGGAGCAUCAUGUCAGGGCAAGAACCGAAUUACCACGUUCUCUUUUCGAAUUUCUUUAUGUAUAUAAAUCACACAGGAAAGAUGAUGGAUAAAAAAUCGCAUUUGCCGCGUAAAAAACUACGUCGAGGUAAAUAAUAUUUAAAAUGUCAUAAGAUGACACUUAGCAGCCCUAGAGAGAUCCCUUAUAUUCAUAAUUUAAAAAAAAAUACUACCGCUACAACAUUUUAUCGGAGUACCCUGUUACGCAAAGGUUUCACGUUCUUACUUCCUAUACAUUUAUGAAGUUUCAGCGACCUCCACCAGCUCGUGACCUCGUGCCUCCAAGCCGACUCCGCCAAGAGAUUCGACAUCCUUCAAGUGGCUUCUUCGAUUGCGCCACGGCUUCUUCUCCAGCUCGACGAGUUCUCCAGAGCCCAGGCUUCUUCGGCAACCAACAACGUCAACAAUAACAAUAAUGACGUGUUCCGCGCCGAUGACAAGGAAUCGUCGUUGAACUCCUCUACAAGCUCCUUCACGACCAAAAAAUCCCAGAACACGGUCUCAUUCCCAGCCAUUCUCGACGCGGCAGUCCGGAAGAGAAAAUCCCGGAACCUCACCAGAAAUCACCCCUUGUCUGCUGGAGACCAUGUGAAAGACCGGAAAAAGUCCCUGAAUUUGUCGUUCUCUCUUCCGAGAAUCAACGACUCCAGUGGCCAGGUUGACGACUUCAGAACACCCCUUUAAGAAUCCUGAAUUCAGCGACGUCGGGUCCAAACGGUAGCCAGUGAUAAGCCGACGAGAAGCACGUCUUCUAGCGACCUCCGACGUCAGGAAGGCCUCAGCGUCAGGUGAGACCUUCAGACGACGUCACGAAUCUUUUGAAUUUCAGAAGCGCGGCUCUGCGCGAGAUUCGGGACCCUGUUCUCGUCAUUUUGGAGCAAAUCUUGAGGAUUAUGGUCGUUACGGAUAGAAGUUGGUUUGAUACUGUUCAGAGGUGACUUGGGAUUGAAAUGAGCAAUUUUUCGGGAAGUAUUUUUAAGCGUUUUUGACGCUCCUUUAAUUUUUUUUAAUCCUCUCUGUGAAACAAACUUCCUCAAGUCAGCUGUGAAUGGACUAGUUCCCAUAACUAUAUCUUUGAAAGAGUUUUCGUCGUUCAGAUUCUUCGAGAACUCUGAAUCAUCAACGUCGUCUGGUGGAGAUGUUCCGCCGGAAGGUCUUCAGCAAGGAAAGCACGCCUGAAACGAUCAAGAAGCAUCUGAGAAUGGUCUCUUCAAAAUUCGUUUGACGUGAUUAGAAAUGCCGCACAUGGAAUGGCUCGCGAAAGAUUUUUCUCCCAGGAUUUAAAAGGGGCCCAAAAUUGAAGAUUUUUUUAUAAAUGCUUAUUUUCCUCUUCAGCUGGCCUCGGAAACCCAAGAAGACAUCGAUUUGGACCUCGGCUUCUCAGAUUAUCGUCCAGCGUUGGCGCAAACCAAUCACGCCGGUUUUCAUACUAUUGGUCAGGUUUUUCCUAAUUAGGAAAUGAAUAAAAAUCCAAUUUCAGACCAAAAAGUGACGCGGAUAACCUACGAGCAGCUCGCGUGUUGUAUUCAAUGUCUAUUGGCUGAGCAAUGA